CAGAUGUAGCACCGGCUCUGUGAGUUUUGUAUCGCUGCACAGAUCCCAACAGAUCUCACAAACAGCGACAUAAAAAAAAACUCGAGGUCUCCUUUCCGUGACACCAGAAGGGACAGUUCACACAGUCAACAUGGCAGAAAACAUGAUUAUUCGUGUUCAGUCUCCAGAUGGUAUGAAAAAAAUCCCCUCUACGAAGCGAGAGACCGCUGCAGCUUUCCUUAAAAAGGUUGCCAAAGAAUUUGGCUGCAGUUCGAAUGGUUUCUCUGUCUACCUGAACCGGAACAAGACCGGAGAGAUAAUGUCACAGAACAAGGCCCUCAGCCUGCUGAAAAUCAAACACGGCGACAUGCUUUUCUUCUACCCCUCCUCUGCCGGACCCUCCAGCGAGAACAUGGACACAGCUCAGCCUCACACGUCCUCCUCCUUUCCUUCAUCGUCAUCAUCCUCAACUUCCUUAUCCCGCUCACACUCUGCACCACAGCUCAGAGAGGACGAUAUUGACCAAUACCUUUCCAAACAGGAGGGAAAAAUCUACAGGAACAAAGAUCCCCAACUGUGCCGGCACGGUGCUAUGGGGAAAUGUGUGCACUGCGUACCUUUAGAGCCUUUCGAUGAAGACUACCUAAACCAUCUUGACCCGCCGGUCAAGCACAUGUCCUUUCACGCUUACAUCCGCAAACUCACUGGGGGCGCUGACAAGGGGAAGUUUGUGGCGCUUGAGAACAUCAGUUGUAAAAUUAAGUCCGGCUGUGAGGGGCAUCCGCCCUGGCCAGAGGGCAUCUGUACCAAAUGCCAACCCAGUGCCAUUACUCUCAACAGACAGAAAUAUCGACACGUGGACAACAUCAUGUUUGAGAACCACACCAUUGCUGACCGUUUCCUCGACUUCUGGAGGAAGACGGGGAACCAGCGUAUGGGCUACCUGUACGGACGCUACACUGAGCACAAAGACAUCCCUCUUGGGAUCCGUGCGGAGGUGGCUGCCAUUUAUGAACCUCCUCAGAUUGCAACCCAAAACAGUCUAGAGCUGAUUGAAGAUCCCAAAGCAGAGGCUGUUGAGGAAAUUGCUGCCAAAUUGGGUCUACGUAAGGUGGGGUGGAUUUUCACAGAUCUGCUUUCAGAGGACACCAGGAUAGGGACCGUCCGCUACAGCAGAAACAAGGACACAUACUUCUUGAGCGCAGAGGAGUGCAUCACUGCAGGACACUUCCAGAACCAGCAGCCUAAUCCGUGUCGGCUUUCCCCAGACAGCCAUUUUGGAUCCAAGUUUUUUACAGUGGUAGCAACAGGGGGUCCUGAUAACCAGGUACACUUUGAGGGGUAUCAGGUGUCCAACCAGUGCAUGGCACUGGUGAGGGAUGAGUGUCUUCUGCCCUGUAAAGACACUCCAGAACUUGGUUAUGCCAAAGAGUCCAGCACAGAGCAGUAUGUCCCGGAUGUGUUCUAUAAGGAUAAAGACAAAUUUGGCAAUGACAUCACAUAUUUAGCCCGGCCGCUACCGGUCGAGUACUUGAUCAUUGACAUCACCACGACUUUCCCAAAAGACCCAGUGUUCACCUUCUCCUCCACACUCCGCUUCUCUAUCGAAAACAGAGAGGCUCUGGGGGAGACUCAGGAUUUCCACAGUUUAGCAACAUAUCUUUCCCAGUCUUCUUCCUCCUCCUCCUUCCUGAACAUCGUCUCAGACUUCCACCUGCUUCUCUUUCUCGUCACCAAUGAGGUCAUGCCCCUACAGGACAGCAUUGGGCUUCUUCUUGAUGCUGUGAAGACGUCCAAUGAAGAACUGGCUCAGACCUGGAAGAAAUCUGAGCAGUGGGCCACCAUCGAGCAGCUUUGCAGCACAGUGGGAAUGCAGCCACCUGGACCCCUGGAUUACGCCAUGGGCGGCCCAACUCAACCACAAUCCUCUUCAUCUGUGUGGUCUUGUCUCCACUGCACCUUCAUGAACCAGCCUGGCACCGAGCACUGCGAGAUGUGUAGUUUGCCCCGCAGCUAAAAACCUAGAAAAAUCCAGGCUGCGCCAUACAUCCCAUGGGGAAUAACAGCGAGAGCGGGCGUGCUUCCCUGUAUUCCUGCCGUUUUAGUAUGCCUAAUCCCUAACUCCUCCCCUCCCUCACUGACUGUGUCGGAUCUUAACGCCGACGCCAGCCUUGUGCUCGAAAUAUGAGCCCAGUCCAACGCUGUGUGCUGCAUUACUUUGAUUGGUUGAAGACGAUGGGAUGCUCCCAAGUAUCACUCUCUGUGUAAACCCAGUGCAUUCUGGGGAUUUAGUUUAGUACUUGGGCAAAAGAUCAUUUCACUCAAAUCGUUAUUACGGUCCAAUAAAACUUCUCAGCAACACUCUUAGGACAUUGGAGAAACAAGAUCAGUUUUUGUGUUGUCAAAGUUUUCCCCAACUCACUAAGGAUUUUGUGUAAAUAAUAAAGAAAAAGGAGAAAUACUGCUAUUUAAUUUCAAAUGUCUUUUAAUCCUGGUUAUAUGUUGGGAAAAAAUCUUUGAUGCUCAACUGAGGUGUUCAGCCUCGCAUUCAGUUUUCUUUUACUUUAAUUCUUCACUUUUUUCGGAUGAUCAAUUGCUUGAAGUGUUGGCUUGAAGUGCUUGGUGAUGAGAUCGAUCUCUGAAUGUUGGAUUUGAGUGCAGAACUAGAAGAACAGUUACUUUUCCACAAAGUUCUAAUUUGACCUUUAACCUCAGAAGGCUACAAAAGCUAUGCUUUAAAUGUGGAUUGGUUUUCGUUUGCUUUGGAAAAACUGACGCCGCUCAAUUUUGGUGCUGGUACCAAUUUCUGCACCUUAUGCAUAUCCCCUUUCACAUCACUGGCAAGUUCAGAUAUUUUCCAGUCUUCAGCCGCUAAGGAUCCUGUAUAGUGGCUUUAUUCUGUCAUGGCCCACAUGCUUCUUCUACUCCCCACCCAUCAGUACAAUGCAUCUCACUCUGAAAAGAACUACAGAAGCAAAGCUCUAGAGUCAGUCUGCCUGAUUGACAUCUUUGCUUUCGGGUUUUAUUUUCUUUUGGUGUCACAUCAGAAUUUCUUUCUGAAGAAUACUGUAAAAUUAGAGUAUUGGUUUUGUGUGGUGAGUAUUGGAUGGUGGAGUUCAAUAGUUGAGUUUCAGUUGAUGAUCACAUUUCAUUACUUUUUCCACCUGAUCAUUUGUUUAAGAAAACACUUCCUCAGUUUUAAAAAUCAGUCCAAAGAUGUUAUAUAACAUGAAUAUGCAUUCAAUACAAUUGGGACCCUUUGGAAUAAUUGAUCAAGAUUUUUUUUUCAAGCAGCAUUUUUAUCGCAUUUGUAUUUUUUAGCUUUUCCUAUUAAGUACGCAGAUCGACUCGAUUCUUAAAACUCACAUAUGACACUUUCUAAAAAAAUGCACUCUGUUAGUUCACCUCAAUGCAGGGGGGGACAUGUUGAUCAAUGUUCACAGGAUGUUUUCGCUCCGAGAAUGUUAGCAUGUUAGUUUGAGGCUCUUCAUGGUCAGCUCCUCUUCGAGCGGCAGCCGCUUGCACCCCAUUCUCACACGAGAUGCCCUGAGUUGUGUUCUAUCAACAGGUUUUGGAGUUUUAAAUGCAGAGAGAGAAUAGUUCAACAAUAAAAUGUUUUUCU